AUUGAUAAGGUUGUUAGGUUACAUCUAAUUCAAGAAGAUGCGUGGAACACUGGUAUAAAAUGGGAUGGAUUAGCAAAGAAAGUCCUCACUAUGAAGGAGUCCUGUACUGAGCUACAAUGAAGGGGAAGCUUUCUUUCAACAUGGUACCAACCACGAUGGGUUUAGUGAAAUCAGCUGGAGUAUCUUUUCUUGUGUUGUCUUUUCUCCUCUACGUAGCUGAUUCAUACCCCAACAUCGACUUAUCGAACAUGGGCUGCGUGGAAUGCACGCUGAGGAAGAACGAACUUUUCUCAAGGGAUCGUCCGAUCUACCAGUGCAGUGGCUGCUGCUUCUCCAAGGCGUUCCCAACUCCUCUGAGCACCAUGAAGACAAUGACGAUCCCAAAGAACAUCACCUCAGAGGCAUCAUGCUGCGUUGCAAGGCACAGCUAUGAGACAGAGGUAGGUGGCGCCAGGGUGAGAAACCACACAGAUUGCCACUGCAGCACCUGCUAUUUUCAUAAAAUAUGACAGAUGGGCAAUGAAGACAUCUCUGCGACGCUCGGCUUGGCAACAUGUUGUUUCUUUUAAUAUGCACAGUAUGCUCCUCUCUGUUUUGAAAUUUGUGUCCUUGCAUUGCCAAAUAAUAUUUUUGAAUUGAUUAAUUGUCUGUGAUAGCUGAUGAGUUAUGUUAUGAGAAAUACAUUUGUUCAAUUGUGGGUUUGAUACACAGUUAAAGUCUGUAUGGUGUGAUCAUAAACACGUCUUACAUUAAAAUCCAUGCAUGCA